UAAAAAGUAUGCGGAGAGAUAGGUGACAGAUACUGGUCCAAAGUAACCUGAACUUGCCUUAUCCCCACACAUACCUCCACCAAUGUCAUUGGACGCAAUCUGCCCACAUCACCUUAGAUAGCUUUACACUUCCCCAUCUCUCUAGCCAGCUUUCCGCUGUCUGCUCCGCCAUCACACCCUUUCUACAUUAACUGGAAAAACCACCGCCACCGCCACCACCACUACUUAGAGGCGAUCGAAUUCCUGCACCAUGGCUGCCACUGCUGCUGCCGCCGUAGGCUCAUCUUUUUCUCCAUCCUUUCAUACCCUCAAAUGCACGAAUCCUAAGCAUUUUCUAUCUGAUUCUCUUCUUAAAGUUCCGGCAACUCGCAUCAUGACUGCAGCCUCCAUAAUCCAUCGCUCUUAUGCUAUAGAACCACUUUCAUCAGUUGCAGUCUCCUGGCGUGUGCCUAGAGUAUCUGCAGCUGUUGCUCAAGAGGAGGCUGCCGCUACUGCUCCUGUGGAAGAGGUUUUGCACCAGGAUGAACAGAAGCAAGUAGCAGGAGAAGGUGAAAAAGAAGCUGAUGAGACCCUUGUUAACGCUAAGCUUUACUUUGGGAAUUUGCCUUAUAAUGUUGAUAGUGCACAGCUUGCUGGAAUCAUUCAAGAUUAUGGCACUCCUGAGCUCGUUGAGGUUCUUUACGACAGAGAAACUGGAAGAAGUAGAGGUUUUGCAUUUGUAACGAUGAGCAGCGUUGAAGAUUGUAAUGCAGUGAUUGAAAAUCUUGAUGGAAGUCAAUACAUGGGUCGCAUCUUGAGGGUGAACUUUUCUGACAAACCUAAACCGAAGGAACCUUUAUAUCCAGAAACAGAACACAAGCUUUUUAUUGGGAAUUUAUCCUGGUCGGUAACAUCAGAAAGUUUGACACAAGCUUUUCAAGAAUAUGGAAAUGUGGUUGGAGCAAGAGUUCUAUACGAUGGGGAGACCGGAAGGUCGCGAGGUUAUGGUUUUGUGUGCUACUCAACCCGAUCAGAGAUGGAAAAUGCCCUUGAGUCUCUUAAUGGAGUGGAACUAGAAGGACGAGCAAUGCGUGUAAGCUUAGCUCAAGGGAAAAAAUCAUAAGCUUCUGGAAGAAAAUGCUGAUUUCAGAAGGGAUGAAUAUCAUCUUUAAAUCCAAAAUCACUGACCCCUUGCCUAUCCUCUGAUCAGUUGAACUUAGUGAAAAAAAAAAUCUCAUGGUUAUUUCUCUAAGCAUAUUAUUUUGUUAAUAAUGCGAUAAUAAGAAAAAUUCUCAUUUUCAUUGUAAUAUUUAUGAGUUGUGGUUGGAGAAACUAUAGUAUCUUACAGUUUACUCACCAUUGAUGAGUCGGAAAGAAGAUCAACUCCUGUGUUUUAACUUCUGCUUUGUUAUUUUUUUGGAUGAUGAAAUGCCAUAGUUUUCUUUGAGUGAAAAA